GAGAGAGGAGGGGGGAGGGAGAAGGGGGAGGAGGAGGAAGACGAUAGGAGUCAAAGUGAGGAAGAGGAAGACACUCUGUCACCUCAGGAAUCACCUCCUGAAAUGGUGUCCAAGCUGCAGAGAGAGUUGCUACAGCAGCAAGAGUUGUCCAGAUCUCUUGAGAAUCAGAUCACUCUUCUCAGAGACACACUCACCAGCAAAGAUCGAGAGCUGGAGGCACUGCGACUGGCUAGGUCUCACCAGGAACAGGCUCUCCAGCAGACCAGGGCCCAGCUGAGGUCUAGAGAGACAGCUGAAGGAGACGGGAGAGCACACACUGGAACCAGUCAGGCUGAGAUGUUGGCUGGUGGAAAGGAGGAGGGUAUGCAGCAACUCAGCAGCUCAUCAGCUCUCUCCCUUCUCUCCAGUACUAGCACAAUGCUGCUGGAAGAGAGUGGUUCGAGGUCUAUUCUGAGGAGGAUAGCAGAUCUGGCUCCAGUCCUGUCCCAGGAGGCACACAUUGUCAACCAACUCUCCAAGAACAAUCAGUUACCUCAUUUGAGUGUAGAGCAGUUGACGGCAGCAGUCAACAGUCUCAGUCAAGUAGUGGGAGCUCUCUCUGAGAGGGUUGGUGAGCGUGGUGAGGAUGAGAUGGUAGGUGUCCUGGGGGCAGUUCAGAGACUGGUACAGGAGCUGACUGUUGUACUCUCCUCUCUCGACCAGGGCAACGCCACCCAACUUCCCCAACAGUUGUCAGCAGUGAGUGAUCUACUGACUCAGUUGAUAUCUGGUGACAGAGAGGCUCUGGCCAGAGACACCGACUCUCUCAGAGACACCAUUGCUUCCCUCCAGACCCAACUACAACAACAGUCUGAAGGUGUAUCAGUUCAAACCCAGAAAGUCUUUGAAGAGAAUGAGCAGUUGAGAAUCGAAUUAAGAGAUGCAGAACAUCGCUUACGGCACCAAAGUGAAAUCAAUGCACAACAAAGAGCAUCUGUGGAGGCAGAGUCCUCGCGAGGUGCUCAGUUGGAGAGAGAGAAGCUAGCCGCAGUUUCGCAGCUGGAGACAGAGGUCAAAGGUCUUCAGAGACUCCUGAAAUCAUUGACCUCUGACCUGGAGGAGGCCCAGUCUCGUCUGGCGGAGUACCAGGAGGCAGAGGGCUCUCUGGAGCGAUCCGCUCACACCAUCUCCUCCCUACACCAGGAGCUAAGAGCUUCGAAAGAGAAGGAGGCAGAGUUGGAUAAAGCUCUUCAUGAGCUGACUCAGUCCCAGUCAGAGAUGGGACAGCGACAGGGCAGAACUCACCUGCAACACCAGGCAACACUGGCUUCACUGCAGGGAAGCGUUGGAGGUGGAGAGGGCCACCAAGGAUGAGAUGGUUGGCCGGUUGUCAGAGGUACAGGGCCAGCUGGAGGAGUCCCAGGAGGCCAGGGGUGCUGACGCGGCAGAGAGGAGACGGCUGAGACAGAGACUGGAGGAGUGUGAGAGGGAGCUGGAGAGAGGGAGGAGGGCAGGGGAGGCCAGGGGGGAGAGAGAUGCCGAGCUGGGCAGGGUACAGGCACUCCUGCAGUCUCUGGAGGCUGACAACAGAGAACAGGUAGUUCUCAUUGCAUCUACUUAAGGGGAGCACUACAGUCAGCUGUUGGAGAAUGAGCGGAGGAUGGUGGUGGGCCUUCGCUCCAGUCUCGCGGCCAAGGAGAGGGAGCUGACAGAGACGGUAGACAGAGUCCUGCAGGAGAAGGUGGCCCUGGCCAAGGUCCAGGGAGAGCUGGCAGCACUGAGAGCCGCUGCCAGACUGAUCAACAGCACAUCUCCUCCUUACAGAGCAUGUUAUCUAGUCUCCGUGCUGAGGGAGAGAGUAGAGCUGGAGAGGAGACUGUGAGGCAACUGGAAGUGGACCAACUUAGAAGACAACUACAUCAGCUGCAAGCUACCUCAGAGAAGCAAAGAGAGACAGUGUCAGAGGCACAGAGGGAAAAGCAGCAGCUCCAAGCCACAGUUUCUGGACUCCAAACUCAAAUCACUUCUCUUCAAAAGAAGACUUCUCGUGACAGAGAGGAGGUUGCAAGACUUAGUGAGGCAUUGGCAAACAAGGAAGAGGAAUUUGCUGGACUAGAGGAACAACUGAUUGCCUCAGACUCCAGUCCCUCACACCCCACUCUACCCCUGGACCUCCUCCAGGCUAAGCUAAUGAGACUGUAUGCGAGGUACCGGGAGGCGGAGGUCCACCGCAAAGCCCUCGUAUUCCAGAAGAACUACCUCAAGUGCCAGGUGGACGCCUUCUUCCAGACGCAGCAGGCAGCUCUGGUCAUGAUGGCCGAGAUGGGGGCUCCUCCAGCCACCACCAACACUCGCAAGUACAAGUCUCGUGGACUACGGAGAAUGAAGACUGUGGUGCACGUGGUAAUGGCAGCCUUCCGUUUCCAAUACGUGGUCCGGAGAAGGAAUCAGUACAUUAGGUCUUACUCUAACCGCGUCGAGAGAGAGAAAACCGCUGCACUUACCACCAGAGGACACACAUCGGAUGGUAUCAGACCGGCUACUGGCAUCGAUGCAAUACUCAGCUCUUACAAGCCACCGUUGCGUCCUCCAACAACUCCAGCAUUUCCUCCUCCUUCCACAACCACUCCAGGCCUGAGGCAGUCAAAGAGGGCCACACCAGUAUCAUCAUCCACUGAACAUGCUCCACACAGACACACUACCAGUCAACUAACCCCUCAGACCGAACCACCGCAUCCCUCCACCUUUAUUCCUAGUCUUGCCAGACUCCAAGCAAAACUGAAUGGUGCUGUUCAUUAAUUUGUGUAACUAAUGCCUGCUGCAUUUACCCAGUUUUACUUUCAAAACACUUGCAGUUGUCAUUAUUAACGCAAAAUAAUUCUU